AUGAACGCCGUAGAUGCAACAGAGCACUAUGAGACGAGUGCGCACGAUCCGGCACCGUCUCUCCUAACGGUCAUUCUUGACACAAACCCACACGCCUGGGCGCUUCUUGAACAGAGCGACAAGAAUCCACUCACGCUUUCAACGGCGCUCGCCAAUAUCCUCGUCUUCCUCAACGCCCACCUCGCCUGCAACUAUGCGAACGAAGUCGCCGUUGUCGCCUCGCACAGCCAUAAAGCUGCCUGGCUCUACCCUUCUGCAUCGCAGUCUACACCGACAGACUUAGAUGGCGACGUCUCCAUGACUGCAGACGGCAGUGGCCACACUGACGCCAACGGCGACAGCGGCAGUCAAGUGAACAAAUACCGCCCUUUCCGCAUCGUGGAGGAACAAGUCACGGCCAACCUCCGUCAGCUCAUGGACUCGACUGGUCGUGAUGACAUCAACAACACCAGCUCGACCAUGAUGGCCGGCGCGCUAACACUGGCCCUCAGCCACAUCAACCGACGGACAAUCGCCUGGGCCGAAGCCCACGGCGGCGGCGACACAUCCUCCCUCACACGCUCCAGCGACCCAGACACCAGCGCAACCUCGAUGCUCGCGCGCCGUUCCACAACGACAACCGCCACAAACGAGGGCGGCGCCGAGGGCCUACAGUCGCGCAUCCUCAUCAUCUCCGUCAGCAGCGCAACAGGCUCCGCGCACCAAUACAUCCCGCUCAUGAACGGCAUCUUCGCCUGCCAACGCCUGCGCGUCCCCAUCGACGUCUGCAAACUCAGUGGCGACGCCGUCUUCCUCCAGCAGGCUUCCGACGCAACAAAGGGCAUCUACAUGUCCCUCUCCGAACCCCGCGGCCUUCUACAGUACCUAAUGAUGGCAUUCCUUCCAGAUCAACGGUCCAGAAAGCACCUCGUCCUCCCUACCCGCGUCGACGUCGACUUUCGAGCAGCCUGCUUCUGUCACCGCCGCGUUGUCGACGUAGGCUUCGUCUGCUCCAUCUGUCUCAGUAUCUUUUGCGAACCGCCGGAGAACGGCGACUGCCUGACUUGCGGGACGCAUCUGGAUAUGGGCGCCUACGGCGCGAAGCCGGCACUUAUUGCUCGGAAGAAGAAAAAGAAAAAGGGUCGUGCGAAUGGGGUCUCGGCUACGCCGACACCGACUCCUACGCCGGGUCCGUGA